AUGUGGCUCUUGAACACGAGGACGUACGAGCUCCAAAACUUCGUCUCUGGCCGAAUCCCCCCGUAUGCGAUCCUCUCUCACCGCUGGGGCCGAAGUGAGGUGUCGUUCGCAGACAUGCAGGACCUAAGCGUGGCGCAGGAGAAGCGCGGAUGGGAGAAGGUGGAGAAGGCGUGCUGGUGCGCCUUGAACACAUUCAACUGCUCCUGGAUUUGGGACGACACUUGCUGCAUCGACAAGUCGAGCAGCGCAGAGCUCUCGGAAGCCAUCAACUCCAUGUAUGCCUGGUACGAGGCCGCGAGCAUCUGCAUCGCGUACCUGCACGAUGUCGAGGAUUGGGACGAGGAUUUCCCAGAAGGUGCUUUGGCAUCGUUCCGCGAAAGCCGCUGGUUCACGCGCGGGUGGACCAUCCAAGAGCUCAUCGCACCGCUCAAAUUGGUUUUCUAUUCGACGUCCUGGAUAGAGCUGGGAACUCGGAUGGACUGGGCGACCGUGUUGGAGGACAUCACGGGCAUCGAUGCAAACGUUCUCAAUCGCCACGGCACGGACCCCGAAGAACCGCUCUCCAGAAAAAGCGUGGCUGAACGGAUGUCGUGGGCGUCGAGGAGGGAGACAACCCGGGAGGAGGAUAUGGCAUACUGCCUGAUGGGAGUCUUCAACGUCCACAUGCCACCGAUCUACGGUGAGGGUGGUGAAGGUGCAUUUCGCCGCCUGCAGUUGGAGAUCAUGCAACGCACCAACGAUCGCAGCAUCCUGGCU